CAUUGCAACGACCAGUGCUCCACCAUCUCCUGCCGCCUUCCUUGUGCCCUCCAGUGCACCACCACACAAGAGGAGGAAAAAAGAAUCCGUCAUGUGUCCACAUUGUGCCAUGACAAUGAACAGGAGAAAUGUGAGACUGCACAUUGAGAGGAAACAUAAGCCUAAAGGAGUAGACAUUACAGCAACUAAGCAUUUGAAAUCCCAGGCAAUAGAUUAUAAAAAUGGAAUAUUUGCUGUGGUGAAGUCAUUUUUAGGACCCAACACUCCCAUCCAUGUGGUCAAAAGGACUUGGGGGAAGGAACAGUCGACCAAAUGUGAGCUUGAUGUCUGCAAAAUCAAUGCAGAAUUUGCUGAACGCUCAAAUUGUAGACCUUUUGAGUGUCACCACAUCCAGUCACUUAUUUACUGUCCACCAUUCAUAGGUGAAAACCCCUCUCUCACUGAGGAUGUACUGCAGGAGAUGGUGAGUGAGAAAUGGUUUGGAGAGGACAAGAAGGAGAGAUGUCUGAAACGCCAAAGGGAGGCUACAGAUGCAGGAACACCUCUGUCCUGUAAACUCUCAAUUUGCAAUCCCUCAACAAAGAGGUUUAUUUCCAUUUAUGAGCCUACUGUAUCAUAUUACAGCAGGCUUGGACGAAUUAUGGUUACCUUUGACACAAAACAGAUCUCCUGGCACUGUCCUUGUGCAAGGCCAAGGCAGUCUUGCCUGCACAAAUAUAUUGCAAAGUGGCACCUGUUUCAGUUUGAGCGUGCACUUUUUCAGAGGACACAAAGUGUGGAGGAAGAACUUGUUCAAAACCGUUUCCCUACAGAAGUGGAAGGUGGCGAGGAAGAGGAAGAGGAAGGAGGCCACUACCCACCAGAGGGAGAUGUUUUAGAAAAAAUGGUGCAGUACAUAUACCACCACAAGAGAAUGCCCUCUGUACUAGACACUAAUGUGGUAAUGUCAGAGAACUUCCCAAGGUUGUAUACCCCAGCUGAAACAUUCUGCACUGAAUGUUCUGAGGCAGCUCUGCUUGGGGAACCGGAGCUAAUAACAACCAAGGGCAAAAUCCUCACUGUGACAGGUGUUAUUGAAGGAAUUUCAUUGUUCAGAAAGCAGUGCAACACAUGUGGGAUGAUGUACCGAUAUCAGGAGUGGUCAGAUGGUGUCUACAAUUUCGAUGACAAAACACUCCUGUCCUUGCACCUCUGUCUCUUUCUUCGGAACAGUCUUCAGACCCACCAGGCUGUAAGUAGAACCAUUGAGGUUUUAGAGAGAACCUAUGGCCAGACCUACCCCUCAAAAAACAGAAUUCUGCACGCCUACCUGGCAUUCGAAGCGCUUUGUGAUCAUGAAUACACAUAUGCAUGUGUGUCAUGUGGCCAUAACCCAGUAUGUGUUGUGAUGGACCUUCAUAAGAAGGGUGUCUUCAAUAUGCCUGUCAGCAACAUUGAUAAGCCACCAGAGGGUUUUGAUGGCAAUGUAAAUAUCGAGGACUUUUGGGAUAAAGUUUCCAUGGAAAUGAUUUCCCGUGGGUUUGUACCAAGCAACAAGGCCAAUCCUUUCAUUGUCAGGCCAAGUUACAAGUUCUGGGCUCCAUGGAUAGGGCCUCACACAAGGAGGGGAAGUGUGGUCCUAAACACGGAAGACAGAAAGAUACAUUCACCACACAGUGCAAAGGAGGAGGUGGAAUUGACUGUGACAGAGGACCGUCUUAAAGAUGAGCUCCUGAAGUUAAAGAUGGAAGCUGUGCGUUCCUUGUGCAUGCAGUGUGGGAUUGACCCUAAGGGGUCACGUCUGGACUUGAUAAUAAGACUCCAGACGGAGAUGAAAAACCGUGCAUCAUACGACAAGGUGUUUUCACAUGUCUGGGGUGCUUCUGGUGGCUGGGCAGUAGUCACAUGCCCAUGUGCUGUGGUGUAUGCCGUGAAAUUUAACCUGAGAGCUGAAAGCCCUAGGGACUUCAUUGACCUCUUAUUGUCAAUGAAGCACUUCCCCAACAUCACACUUUAUGACUUUGCACGAGGAUUGGCAACACAUGCCAAUACCAGGCUGCCAGGAACAUUCAGACCACAUGAUGGACGGCUGCUGGAGCCCACCCUGACAAAUAUUUGUCUUGCCAGUUCAGGGCAAGUCAAAGCCAAUUUGCCGUGGCUAGCGCAGAAAAAGGAGGUUCCUGAUUUUAACGGCCACCCUAUCACCGGGUCAUCAGAGCGUUAUGCUCUGUAUGACAGAUUUCAUGAAGCCAACACUAAAGAUGCCAGAGAUGUAUUGCGAAGGGUCGAUCUCGCCCAAGAAUUAUGUGGCUGGCUGAACAGUCAAUGUGCUGAACAGCUAUUCUCGGGGAUGAGAAAGAACAAUUAUUUUUUAAAUAUGAUGACUCCUUCCUCUCACGUGUUUUUGAUGAGGAAUAUAUUACAUCAUUACAACACAGCAAAGAAUUUGGCGACCAUCGAAAAUAUGAAAAAGAUGCUUGGUGUGGGGUAUGACAUCGGAUUUAAUUCUUAUGGACAGACAGUGCUGGCCGGAAUUAAUGAGGCCCAAGACCCCACCACAACCGCAGAUGAGGGCCAAGGUCCUGCCAUGGCCACCGAUCAAGUACCAAACACUGGAACGACAGAGGCUCCAGUACUUGAUCUGUCAGUGUGCAGACCAGACUGUUGGGGACUACCCCAUUUAAGACAUAUGCUUGCCAGAUCAGGCAUCCCAGAGUCACAGGUUGACUAUGUGCUCGAUGCCAGAAGAUCACCAACCGAGAUUAUUGGGACAAUUGGCACUACCAACUUAAGACGGAAAGACUUCCAGUCACUGGGUUUGCAGCAGAACUUGGAAGCGACAAUUGCCAACUGCUGCAUGGAGCUCAUUUGUGACAUGGCCUGGUGGAAGAAGAAGGAUGUGUAUGCAGCAGAUGCCUAUGUCGUUGCCACUUGGCAUGCACCAAGUUUCCAGGACCCUUUUCUUAAUUUACCGGACCCUCCAGGCCAGGCCUAUUCAAAUGACUGUGGAGUGUUCAUGGUUAUGUACGCGCUUUAUAUGGCCUUGGGGUGGAGAUUUGACUUCGGU